UACACGUGAUUACUAACAUUUACAUGUUCACGAUAACAACCAAAAUAAUAAUUAAAAAAACGUUCGGCUCUCUCAUUCUUCAGCAAGUCGGAUAACUCCUGUAAUUUAUAUUAACAAUUUAAUUCUUCUUGAACAGCAAAAUUAUAUACUCUUUAAUAUCAAAAAUGACUAAAACUAAAAAAAGUAAAAAAAUUCUCAACAAACAAUUUGCUGCUAUGAAAAAGACUAUUAAACCAACUGAUUCGAGAAUAAAAGAAGAAAAAAGAACGAUUAUAAAGAAAAAAAAAACUGAAAAUAAAACUGUCUCUGUCCGUCAAGUAGCUCAAACAAGUUCAGCUUUGUUCUUCGAAUUUAACACACAACUAGGUCCUCCAUAUCACAUCUUAGUAGAUACUAAUUUUAUUAGUUUUUCUAUAAAAUAUAAAAUGGAUGUUGUUCAAAAUAUGAUGGAUUGUCUCUAUGCUAAAUGUAUACCAUAUGUCACGGAUUGUAUUGUUGGUGAAUUGGAAAAAUUAGGACAAAAGUAUAAAAUAGCAUUGAAAAUUGUAAAAGAUCCUCGUUUUCAAAGAAUACAGUGUAUGCAUCCAGGUACAUAUGCUGAUGAUUGUUUAGUUCAACGAGUAACACAACAUAAAUGUUAUAUAGUUGCUACAUGUGAUAGGGAUUUAAAAAGACGCAUAAGAAAAAUUCCUGGAGUUCCAAUAAUGUAUAUUGCUCAAAGACGAUAUACAAUUGAAAGAAUGCCAGAUGCUUAUGGUGCUCCUAAAAAAUAAUUUUAAUGUGUAUGUAUGAAUAUUACUUAUAAUUUGAUCUUUAUUUAAAUUAAAUACAAUACAA